AUGUGCUCUAAAGAAUUUUCUAAACUAUCAAACCUGAAAAGGCACUUCAAAACCCAUACUGGCGAAAAGCCAUUUUCCUGUGAGGUGUGUUCUAAAGAAUUUUCCGAACUAUCAACCUUGAAACUACACUUGCAAGCCCAUACCGGCGACAAACCAUUUGCGUGUGAAGUGUGUUCUAAGGAAUUUUAUAGAUUUGCGCACCUAAAAGAACACUUCAGAACGCAUACUGGUGAAAAGCCAUUUUCCUGUGAAGUAUGUUCUAAGAAAUUUUCCCAACUAACGGCCAUGAAAGUACAUAUGCGAACCCAUACUGGCGAAAAACCAUUUGCCUGUGAAGUGUGUUCUAAGAAAUUUUCUAGAUUUGCACACCUGAAAGAACACUUGAGAACCCAUACUGGUGAAAAGCCAUUUUCCUGCGAAGUAUGUUCUAGGAAGUUUGCCCAACUAUCAACUUUGAAAGUACACUCGCGAACCCAUACAGGCGAAAAGCCAUCAUCCUGUGAAGUGUGUUCUGAGGAAUUUUCUACAUUUGCUCACCUGAAAGAACAUUUAAGAACCCACUCUGGUGAAAAGCCAUUUUCCUGUGAAGUAUGUUCUAAAGAAUUCUUUCAACGCGCAAACCUAAAAGUGCACUUGAGAGCUCAUACUGCCGAAAAACGAUUUUCCUGUGAAGUAUGUUCUAAGAAAUUUUCCCAACUAUCAACUUUGAAAGUACACUCGCGAACCCACACUGGCGAAAAGCCCUUUUCCUGUGAAGUAUGUUCGAAGGAAUUUUCUAGACUUGCACACCUUAAACAACACUUGAAAACCCAUAUUGGUUGAAAGUUUCAUGUGAAAUAUGUUCUAAGAGAUUUUCCCAACUAACAACCAUGAAAGUACAUGUGCAAACCAAUACUGGUGAAAAGCCAUUUGCCUGUGAAGUGUGCUCUAAAAA